GGCGACGCGGAGCCCGGCGGGGCGCCCGAGCGGCCGGACCCGCAGGUGGUCCAGCGGCUGCGGCAGGACCUGGUGGCCAAGGAGAAGGCGGACAAGAAGCGGAGCAAGAGCAUCGACAAGACGCUGAAAGCCGAGAAGCGCGAGUACAAGCAGACGCACCGGCUGCUGCUGCUGGGUGCUGGUGAAUCCGGUAAAAGCACAAUAGUCAAACAGAUGAGGAUCUUACAUGUGAAUGGAUUUAAUGCUGAGUAAGUACCUUCAUUUAUUUUCACCACAUACUUUUGGAUGUAUGUACCAUAUGAGAGGGGUUAAUUUUGCAUUGUAUCUUGGUAUAUUUUUUUUCCUAAUAUUAGGACUGAUGGACUUUGAAUGUGUAUGC